AUGGAAGAUAAGGGGGCAGUUACGAAGAGUCACAGUGAUUUUAGUAUUAACCAUAUUUUAAACAAAGCUGGGGUUAACUUAGAGCAUAAUACGUCGCCGAAUAGGGAUGGGGUAAAUGAUUUAAAUACGUAUUCCUGGUUACAGUGUACGAGGUUUUGUCCUCCUAAGGUACCAAGAAUUCAGAAAAAAGAUCCGCCCCAAAAGCGACAACUAGGACGAUAUCCGAGGAUUCCCUUUACCAAUGAACAGAUCGCCACCCUCGAAGAAAAAUUUCAAGAAAGUCCAUAUUUAAGCAGCGAAGAAGCCUCAAACCUAUCGAGAAGGCUCCAACUAGCAGAUAUAAAAGUUAAAAUUUGGUUUCAAAACCGAAGAGCUCGAAAGCGAAGAGAAGAAAUGAACAAGAAUUUUAAAGAAAAAAUACCAAAGACUGAACAUAUGGAAGCAGUUUUGCAGCCUUCUACAAGCAGUAGAUCUUCACAGAUUAGUACAGACACAAAUAGUUUAUUACAAAGUACCAUCCCGCAAAGCAGCACAGCUUUCGUUCCUUUUAUGUAUAUUAGUCCCCAAAAUAUUUUAGAGUUUAAACCUCGGUGA